AUGGUUGAAGAUUUACAAACCGAUUGGUACGAUUCAUCGUUUUUAUCCUGUUUGGGUUGCCGUGUCCUUGUUGUUGGUGCUGGUGGUAUCGGUUGUGAGCUUCUAAAAAAUCUCGUUCUUACUGGUUUUACAAAUAUCGAUAUCAUUGAUUUGGAUACAAUUGAUGUUAGUAAUCUGAAUCGACAAUUUCUGUUUCGUCGAGAACAUGUAGGGAAACCGAAAGUUGAAGUUGCUGUUGAUGCUGUGAAAGCAGUGGCUCCUGAAGCGAAGGUUCUCGCGCAUCAUGAUUCAGUCCUCAGUAGCAAAUAUGACGUGGAUUUUUUCCAGCAGUUUACCGUGGUGCUAAGUGCUUUGGAUAAUCGAGAAGCACGGAUUCAUGUGAAUCGUUUAUGCUUGGCUGCUCGUGUACCUCUUAUUGAAAGUGGUUCUUCUGGAUAUUUAGGUCAGGUUAAUGUUAUUGUACGUGAUCAGACAGAAUGUUAUGAAUGUUUACCUAAAUCUGAACAAAAGUCAUAUCCUGGUUGUACUAUUCGGAAUACUCCAUCUGAGCCAAUUCAUUGUAUAGUAUGGGCGAAGCAUCUUUUCAACCAGUUAUUCGGACAGCCUGAUGCAGAAGAUGAAGUUUCGCCAGAUAUGAAUGAUGAGGAAAACAAAUACCAUUUCGCUGCAGAAGAAACCGUAGAAUCUGGACUUGAAAAUAGGAAUUAUCAGGCAAAUGGAGAUCAUUAUUUUGCGACCGACAAUUCGUAUGCGUUAUGCACUAGUGAGAGUACACGUCAAUGGGCAGAAAAUAACAAUUUCGAUCCAGUAUUACUUUUUACAAAGUUCUUUCACGACGACAUUUUAUAUUUGUUAAGCAUGAGUAAUCUGUGGAGAGAACGAAGGAAACCAACGCCGCUGAUUUGGGAUAGUCUUCCCGAUCAAAAUCCAUCUGCCAGUCGUAGUAAAUCAGCUAAUGAUCUGUGGACAGUGUUGGAUUGUCGCCAGCAGUUUGAGGAUGCUCUAAAUAUUUUAGGAAAACGUGUAAGAGAUGGCUCUGUCCUAGUUUGGGAUAAAGAUGAUGAUGCAGCUUUGCGUUUUGUCACUGCAUGUGCUAAUAUCAGGGCGCACGCUUUUCAUAUACCAAUGAAGUCACUUUUUGAUAUCAAAUCAAUGGCGGGAAAUAUAAUUCCAGCAAUAGCGACUACAAAUGCCAUCGUUGCUGGGAUGAUUGUCAUUGAAGCGUUGAAGGUGGUUUUUGAUCGGUUGCCUGCAUUGCGUAAUAUAUUCAUAACAAGGCUGCCAAAUCCUCGUGGCAAAGUUUUGGUGGAUCAAGUACCUAAUAAACCCAAUCCCAACUGCUACGUCUGUUCCAAUCGUAGAGAAAUAGUACUGAAAACCAAUGUCAAUCUUACUACCGUAAAUGCAUUAGAGAUUAAAUUCCUAAAAACUGUACUGCAUAUGGUCGCUCCAGACGUCAUUAUUUCCGGGACUGGUGUCCUCGUUAUUUCGAGUGAACAAGGAGAAACAAAUGCAGUAGGUGAAUUGACGUUGGAAAAUGUUGGCAUUAUAAAUGGUUGUGUUUUGGAAUGUGAUGAUUUUCUGCAGAAACUAGAAUUGCGGAUUCGUAUUGUUGAAUCAAAUCAGUUAAAAAGUGAUGAAUUCGAUAUAGUAAAUGAUUCUGCUCAAAUGGAUCAAGAAAGUGAAGAAAAAGCGGUGAAACGGGCUUCAAAUUUAUAUGCAGAAGAUCUUCUAGCUAAACGUGUUCGUAAUACAAUCGGUGAUCAAAAUUGA